UCAGUUAUCUGACAUCAGGUAAAAUUGUUUAGGAGUUCACUUCCUUCAAGGUAUUUACAAAACUACACACAGGAAACAAUCCUUAUCUAAUUAGGAUGCUCAAUAUCAAUUUAUGUAACUGAGUAUGCAUAUUUGCCUGAUUAAAGUCCAGUGAAUGGACGUGUAGCCUUGGUGCAAUGUACAGGGUGGGUGAGAAGUCAACGUACAUGACACCAGGUUAUCAUGAUCAGCCACUUCCAUCUGUCUGACCCGGUGCAUCACUGAAAAAAACCUGCUGCUUGCCUGACCAUAGUAACAAGUUGCAUGGCCAAUUAUCUGCUGAGAGUUUGUUUGUCAAUGAAAGCUGCUUUGCCUCUUGGAGCCAAGGUCACUUUUAGACAAUGUAGGAAACGGAGUAUAAAUAGAGUCAGAUGUAGCCAGCCCAUUUGGUGCUUGUGGAGGUUAGUGUUCUGAGAGCUGGAGACAAGCAUAUUUGAUCUUCUCUCAGCCAAUCAUUCAUAGCACGUCUACGACAACAAUUGCAUUGGAGUGCUGCAAGCUGGGGGCUUCAGUUUCCAGUUAAGAUCAGAACUGUAUUGAGCUGCAAACAUCAUUGCGUUGUGCUAUUUGAGUGUUAAGUUCAGAGUGACUUCAACUUGGCAGUGAGGAGGUUAUGGCUUGUGUCAGUCUUCUGCUCGAUAAAUGCCAGUGUGUUUCUGGAAUGCGACAGAGUGCAAUCUUAUAUGCUAUCCUGAGCCAGCAGAGAGACCUGAAGUUCUCACAUCACAGCUGCUCCUGCGAAACUAGGCAGACGGUUUGUUUGAGAACUCCGCAGGUUACCUGCCAGAUGGUAUCCGAUGUGCUGGUGAAGACAGUAAGUUUUAUGAAGAACCUUCCUUCGUUCCACCACCUUCCCAGAGCAGACCAGUUGCUGUUACUGGAAAGCUGCUGGACCCCGUUGUUCUUGUUGGGAUUGGCUCAGGAGAGAGUGAGCUUUGACGUGAUAGAGACCCCAGGCCACAGUAUGCUGAAGAGAAUCCUGCUGAAUGGGCAAGGCCUGAUCAAGACAGGGCAAGAGGAAAGGAGGCAGCCAACACUUGCUGAUGUACAGAGAGUGAAAAUGUGUCUGCACAAGUUGUGGGGCUUGGAUCUGAAUCCAACAGAGUAUGCAUAUCUGAAAGGAGCAAUCCUCUUCAACCCUGAUCUACCUGGACUCCAAGCUCCUGAUUACAUCGAAAGCCUUCAGCGCGAGGCACAGCGCGUACUCCACAAGGUCCUGAUGCCUCUUCCUUCCAAGGACGACAGCCGCUUUGCCCAGGUUUUACUCACCGUCUCCAGCCUGAAGACCAUCAGUGCUGAUCUCAUAACAGAACUCUUUUUCAGGCCAGUGAUCGGAGCAGCCGACAUGAAUGAGCUGGUGCUAGAGAUGCUUUAUCACCAGUCAAGCACAGCUACCAUCAUUACUGCUAAUGGACUGUUUGUUUGAUUCCCUGCCUGGCCAAGCCUCUCGGCGCACCCACAUCACUUGGUCACUCCUACAUUAUAGCCUUCCUACAACACCUGCCCACUCGAGCCUCAGUACUCACCCACGCCCUCUCCCACUUAUACUUGACCGUUCUUUCACUGAUUAACCUUGCCAAAUGCCCUUCUGCACCUCACUGCUGCUAAUGCAGUUCCUGUUCUCAUCACUGCUCCUGCCCUGUUCUAUGUUGGACUACCUCAUUACACAGCCCUCGCCCACCGAGAUCUCCCUGCUCAUUUGUAGAGCCACAACCCACUCACACCUUAAGGACCAUCCAGGUUUCCCUUC